UCUCCAGUAGUCUCAUUUGGAGCUUCUGAUUGAGCAUUCUCAAUCAAAUGAGCACAUCGUUUGUCUGUCAUACACAACAGCCAGCCGAUCAGACCGCUUCGUUCUCGUUCGGAACAAGGGCUCUUUCUGAGCAUGUUGGUCACGGAUAUCGGCAUCUUUUCCCUUGGUUUUCCUUUUUCUCCUCUAUGUUCGCUCUUGAACCUGGAGCCUUGCCCUCAUCAGAAAGGGCGACUCUCACCAUUCCAAUGUCUCAUGCGAUGGGCCUGCAUGGGUAGGCAUUGCUGUGGAGCGGAUUGCGCUCCGCCGAUGGCAACUUUUUCACUGGAGAAGUUGUCACUAUGCCAGCAAGGGUACACAUGGUAUCGGAAUGGUUGGCCUCAGGAUUGUUGAUCACGGAAUAUUUGGCCUCGGAAUCGCGGGCCUCUGACUUUAUGGUCUCGGAUUAGUCUUCUGGGUUUGUUUUAUCACCGGUUUUCGG